GUUUGAAAGUGUUGAUUGACGUCUGCCUGUCCCAGCAGGUAGCUGUGUCUUGAAGUAGGGGCCACUGGGAACAAUGCCACCUCCAUCGGACAUUGUCAAAGUGGCCAUUGAAUGGCCAGGUGCUAACGCCCAGCUCCUUGAAAUUGACCAGAAACGGCCCCUGGCAUCUAUCAUCAAGGAAGUGUGCGAUGGGUGGUCACUGCCAAACCCCGAGUACUACACGCUCCGCUAUGCAGAUGGGCCCCAACUCUAUGUCACGGAGCAGACCCGAAGUGACAUUAAGAAUGGGACAAUCUUACAGCUGGCCAUCUCCCCGUCCCGGGCUGCACGCCAGCUGAUGGAAAGGACCCAGUCAUCUAGUAUGGAGACCCGGCUGGAUGCCAUGAAGGAGCUGGCUAAGCUCUCAGCUGACGUGACCUUUGCCACCGAGUUCAUUAACAUGGAUGGCAUCGUUGUGCUGACAAGGCUCGUGGAGAGCGGAACCAAGCUCCUGUCCCACUACAGUGAGAUGCUGGCAUUCACCCUGACUGCCUUCUUAGAGCUCAUGGACCACGGCAUUGUCUCCUGGGACAUGGUUUCCAUCACCUUUAUUAAGCAGAUUGCAGGGUACGUGAGCCAGCCCAUGGUCGAUGUGUCCAUCCUCCAGCGGUCCCUGGCCAUCCUAGAGAGCAUGGUACUAAACAGCCAGAGCCUGUACCAGAAGAUAGCGGAAGAGAUCACCGUGGGACAGCUCAUCUCCCACCUGCAGGUCUCCAACCAGGAGAUCCAGACCUACGCCAUUGCUCUGAUUAAUGCGCUGUUCCUGAAGGCCCCCGAAGACAAGAGACAGGACAUGGCCAACGCCUUUGCACAGAAGCACCUUCGGUCCAUAAUCCUGAACCACGUGAUCAGAGGGAAUCGUCCAAUCAAAACAGAGAUGGCCCAUCAGCUCUAUGUCCUUCAAGUCUUGACCUUUAACCUUCUGGAAGAAAGAAUGAUGACCAAGAUGGAUCCCAAUGACCAGGCUCAAAGAGACAUCAUAUUUGAGCUGAGGAGGAUUGCAUUUGACGCAGAGUCUGACCCCAGCAACGUCCCUGGGAGUGGGACUGAAAAGCGCAAGGCCAUGUAUACCAAGGACUAUAAAAUGCUGGGGUUCACCAACCAUAUCAACCCAGCCUUGGACUUCACCCAGACUCCUCCUGGAAUGCUGGCCCUGGACAACAUGCUGUACCUGGCCAAAGUCCACCAGGACACCUACAUCCGGAUCGUGCUGGAGAACAGUAGCCGGGAGGACAAACACGAGUGUCCAUUCGGCCGAAGUGCCAUUGAGCUCACCAAGAUGCUCUGUGAGAUCCUGCAGGUCGGGGAGCUCCCAAACGAAGGGCGCAAUGACUAUCACCCGAUGUUCUUCACCCAUGACCGGGCCUUCGAGGAGCUCUUUGGGAUCUGUAUCCAGCUGCUGAACAAGACCUGGAAGGAGAUGAGGGCGACAGCCGAGGACUUCAACAAGGUUAUGCAGGUUGUCCGAGAGCAGAUUACCCGGGCCCUGCCCUCUAAACCCAACUCUUUGGAUCAGUUCAAGAGCAAACUCCGCAGCCUGAGCUACUCAGAAAUUCUGCGCUUGCGCCAGUCUGAGAGGAUGAGCCAGGACGACUUCCAGUCCCCGCCGAUUGUAGAGCUUCGGGAGAAGAUCCAGCCCGAGAUCCUAGAACUGAUCAAGCAACAACGCCUGAACCGGCUGUGUGAGGGCAGCAGCUUCCGGAAAAUCGGGAACCGCCGUCGGCAAGAGAGGUUCUGGCACUGCCGCUUGGCGCUGAACCAUAAGGUUUUGCAUUAUGGUGACUUGGAUGACAACCCUCAAGGGGAGGUGACAUUCGAAUCCCUGCAGGAGAAAAUUCCUGUUGCAGACAUUAAGGCCAUCGUCACUGGGAAAGACUGUCCUCACAUGAAAGAGAAGAGUGCCCUGAAGCAGAACAAGGAGGUUUUGGAAUUGGCUUUCUCCAUCCUAUACGAUCCUGAUGAGACACUGAAUUUCAUUGCUCCUAAUAAGUAUGAGUACUGCAUCUGGAUUGAUGGACUCAGUGCCCUCCUGGGGAAGGAUAUGUCCAGUGAGCUAACCAAGAGUGACUUGGACACGUUGCUGAGCAUGGAGAUGAAGCUCCGACUGCUGGACUUGGAGAACAUUCAGAUCCCGGAGGCACCACCUCCAGUCCCCAAGGAGCCCAGCAGCUAUGACUUUGUCUAUCACUAUGGCUGAGCAGCAGAGGACUGGGCCCAGGAGAGACACAUUGGCGCCCGUGCCUUGCCCUCCACUUGUACAAACUCUGUAGUGAUUGUGGCAACUACUCCUCAAACCCAGUGGGACCCAGAGUUUCUCUCUGUUCCAUCCACUGGGAGUCAUGAAGUCAGGGCAUGCUGCCCUCCUCAGCACCACAGAGCCUGGGUUGGGCUUGGAGGAGUGAAUUCCAGAUGUUCUUGCCUCCCACUCUGCAUCUGCGUCUGCAUCUGCAUCUGGUACUUGACCGACUGACAGCCAUCCCCUUUCCUUUCAAGCCUACUCUGGUUUGCAGGAGAACUGGUGUGUGCUAGAGCUGGUCCAUGAAAGGCUGCCAUGGAGACAAGAGGCCUGAGGAUGUUGAGAGCCUUUAGUGGCUCAGGCAAGAACAGCCCUUGAGCUCUUUCUUAAUAGGUCUCUGAGGGCUCAUUCCAGCCUCAUCCUGUGCCAAGAUGCUGCUGCCUCUGGGGUUUGGCCCUACCAUCUCUGGUCUCUAGAGAUGCCCAUCUCUCGUCCAUGAAGGUAUUAGGACAGGUAGUAAUUUCCCCCCAAGCACUCAGCCUCAUCCCGGCCAGGCAGAGGCCCCAGCCUGAGUCCUGCUCUCUUAGGCUCUAGGAGUGCUGCAGGGAAAGGCAGGCUGAGGCCUCUAGCUCACCCCCACCAGUUCUAUCUUUUCAGUGCUGAGGAAGAAUGCUCCCAUGCCCCCUUAGUUAAAGGCCCUUCUGCUUGCUUCCCCUUUCCCCCAGACAAGGGGCACUGCCUUCCUUUCUCUCCUUCCUGGCACUGUGGUUUCUGCCAUUAGCCAUGAUUUCACAGCGGCUGGGGCCACAGCUGUGCCACGGGCCUUCAUGGGUGCUGCAGCACUGGAAGCACACGCACAGCUCUUCCCUUGAACGCAUGUUCACACGGUGGUAUUCAGUACUGGUAGCUUGGCAUGGUGGGUACUACCCGAUGAAGAGUGUAUAUAUAUUUUCUCUACUAUAGGCCAUACUUAUACAGACAUGUAUAUAUAUUUAUAUAAGAUCUUCCUAUCCUAGGACAGAAUGUUGAAGGGAAAAUAAAACUGAGAGCAAAACUGUAGUGCCCUCAGUCAUGAGCUCCGAGUGUAACCGGAGAGCCAGGGGCUUCCUGUCAGUGAUGUGUUUUCAAUAAAUACUCUUUCAUGUA